AUGCAAUUUUUAUUCACAUUUAUAUUUCUACUUAUACCAUUAGUAUAUUCAUUACCAGCCGCAUCACCUAAAUCAGGAACAGAUUUUGAUUUCAAUCAAGAAAUUGAACAAUUUGUGGAAAAAACAUUUAAUCAAGAUGAUCCUGCUUCAGUAGCAGCAGCAGCUUCAUUACAAGAAUUUUUAAUCGAUGUAUUCAAUUAUGAUGAUAACAAAAAUCAAGAAGAAAAAGAAGAAGAAGAAGCUUUAAAAGUUUUUGAAAAACGUGAUGCUAGUACUGAACAAACCAUUGAAGGUGUCUUAGUUGCCGUUAAUAAUUCAGGAGUCAUUUGGAAUUUAUUAGAUUCAAUUGCUAAUGAUCCUUCACGUAUUGAAUAUAUUGGUAAUUUAACUAGUUCAUUCUUGAAAAAUUAUAAUAUCACUUUAAAUAUUGCUGAUUUAAUUCUGGAAUCAAGUUCUUUAACGGAAAACUUGAAUAUAACUGGUCUUUUAUCAGCAGUAGAAAAUUCUGGUUUAAUUACUUCAUUAUUAGAUGGGAUUUUAUUAGAUGAAAAUUUUAGACCUCGUUUAGUUGAUUUAAUUGAUCGUCUUGUAUUAUCACAAAAAGAUGUUUUAUUAUAUAUUUUUGCUGGAGUUUUAUCUAAACGUGAUUUCAUCAUUGAUAGUAAUUUAGUUAAUGUUUUGCUUAAACGUGCUACCAAUGAUGAUCCAUAUUCCGGUUCUUUAGGAAGUUUCCUUAAUAAUGCUGCAAGUACCAUUUUAUCAUCUUCAUUAGUUUCUAAUGCUGCUGCUGAUGUUUUAAAUGCUUUAAAUGAUACUGGAUUCCUUGUUUAUGCCACGAAAAGAUUCCUUUCAUCUGAUGCUUAUGUUAAUAUGACAGUGGCUUUAGUUAAUGAUAUUGUAUCAUCAUCAAGUGUUACCAUUGAUACUAGUGGAUUAAAUUUAACUGAAUUGGUCACUAGUGCUCUUGGUAAUCCAAAGGAAAUUGCUGCAUUGGUUGGUGCAUUAUUAUCAGGUGAUUCAUCAGCUCAAACUUCACAACUUUCUAAUAUUUUGGGUAAAUAUUCCGGUGCUCUUAGUCAAAUCCUUCAAGAUUUAGAAAAGAAAGGAUUAUUUGCUGAAUUAAACAGUUAUAUUUUUGGUGAUUCAACUACUAAAACAUCUGCCACUGCCACUGCUACUGCUACAUCCAGUAGUAAUAAUGAUAAAGAUGUUGCCAAUAAUAACAAGGAUGCUGCCAAUAGUGGUAGUGCAACAAGUAAUAGUCAAACUUCUACUAACACUAAACGUGCUUCUAAUGGUGCUGGUGCUGUUAUUUACACUGGUUCAAAUACCCAAACCACAUUUUUCAAAGCAUUGUCUAUUUUAUUUGGUGGUGCUUUAUUAUUCUUGUAA